CCCAGGCACUUGCGGCUUGUCUGCGGCGAUAGGAGAAAAGAGGAGAGAAAGAGAGAACCUCACCUCCUCAAACAGCGAGUGAGGUAGAGGGAAAAGAGACAGAACGCGUCAGAGAGAGAGAGAGAGAGAGAGAGAGAGAGGGGAAAAGAAGAGGCUGUGGAGUAAAAGGAAAGACAACAGCGGCUUUGGACCUCCAGCAAGGAGUGUUUAAUUGUCUGCGCUUUAUUGUAAAGUGUCCAAUUUCCACACAGAUUCGACAUGUCAUCGUCCGGUAAAGACAACAGCGGUGCCCAACACGCCAAUUACGUGGGACCUUACCGUUUGGAGAAGACGCUCGGGAAAGGACAGACAGGGUUGGUCAAGCUGGGGAUCCACUGUGUAACAUGCCAGAAAGUCGCCAUAAAGAUUGUCAACCGUGAGAAACUCAGUGAGUCGGUACUAAUGAAGGUGGAGCGAGAAAUAGCUAUUCUGAAGCUCAUAGAACACCCGCAUGUUUUAAAGCUACAUGAUGUCUACGAAAAUAAAAAAUACUUGUACCUUGUGCUAGAACAUGUGUCUGGUGGUGAGCUGUUUGACUACUUGGUGAAGAAAGGCAGGUUAACACCUAAAGAGGCCAGGAAGUUCUUCAGACAAAUCAUGUCUGCCCUGGAUUUUUGCCACAGUCAUUCCAUAUGCCACAGGGAUCUGAAGCCUGAGAACCUGUUGCUAGAUGAAAAGAACAACAUCAGGAUAGCAGACUUCGGCAUGGCCUCUCUUCAGGUUGGAGACAGUCUGCUGGAAACCAGCUGCGGAUCUCCACACUACGCCUGUCCAGAGGUCAUCAGGGGAGAGAAGUAUGACGGGAGGAAAGCAGACGUCUGGAGCUGUGGGGUCAUUCUCUUUGCCCUGUUGGUGGGUGCCCUGCCGUUUGAUGACGACAACCUGAGGAAUCUGCUAGAGAAGGUGAAGCUGGGAGUGUUUCACAUGCCACAUUUCAUCCCUCCAGACUGUCAGAACCUCCUCCGUGGCAUGGUUGAAGUGGAUGCCACCAAAAGACUAACGUUAGAACAGAUCCAGAAGCACACAUGGUACAUAGGGGGGAAGAACGAACCAGAGCCAGAGCAGCCUGUGCCCAGGAAGGUGACCAUCCGCAGCCUGCCCUCUGCAGACGACAUCGACCCAGACGUACUGGACAGUAUGCACUGCCUAGGCUGCUUCAGAGACAAAAACAAACUUCUGAAAGAUCUGCUCUCAGACGAUGACAACCAAGAAAAGAUGAUCUACUUCCUGUUACUGGACCGUAAGGAGAGGUAUCCCAGCCAGGAAGACCAGAACCUACCCCCUCGCAAUGAGAUCGAUCCCCCAAAGAAGCGGGUGGACUCUCCCAUGUUGAACCGUCAUGGCAAGAGGAGACCAGAGAGGAAGUCCAUGGAGGUCCUCAGUGUCACAGACGGAGGCUCGCCCGUACCGGCAAGGAGGGCUAUCGACAUGACACAGCAUGGACAGAGGUACGCAUGGAGUAAAUCAGUGUACAGUAAAAGCUUGGAUAUUCCUGAGGCCAGUACAAAAUGCAGCGAAGAAGAAAGGUCUCGGUCUAUUAGUGGAGCCUCCUCCGGCCUCUCCACCAGCCCCCUCAGCAGCCCACGGGUUACCCCUCACCCCUCCCCUCGAGGCAGCCCCCUCCCCACCCCAAAGGGCACCCCGGUGCACACUCCCAAGGACAGCCCUGCCGGGACCCCGACCCCCACGCCGCCCCCCAGCCCUUCCAUCGGAGGCAUGCCUUGGAGGACACGCCUCAACUCCAUCAAAAACAGCUUCCUGGGCUCACCACGCUUCCACCGCAGGAAACUUCAAGUUCCCACACAAGAGGAGAUGUCCAGCCUCACACCAGAGUCUUCCCCAGAGCUUGCCAAAAAAUCCUGGUUUGGUAACUUCAUCAACCUGGAAAAAGAAGAGCAGAUCUUCAUUGUCAUCAAAGACAAGCCUCUCAGCUCCAUCAAGGCAGACAUCGUUCAAGCCUUUCUCUCGAUCCCCAGCCUGAGCCACAGUGUGAUCUCCCAGACCAGUUUCCGAGCAGAGUACAAGUCCACAGCCGGCCCGACAGUCUUCCAGAAGCCGGUCAAAUUCCAGGUGGACAUCACCUACACGGAGAGCACAGCUGCCACGAAGGAGAAUGGCAUCUACUCUGUCACCUUCACCCUGCUCUCAGGACCCAGUCGACGCUUUAAGCGAGUAGUGGAGACAAUUCAGAGCCAGUUGUUAAGCACACAUGACCAGCCAGGGGUCCAACAGCUGUCUGGCAGCCCAUUGAGUAACUUCUUUGACGUAAUAAAACAACUUUUUUCAGACGAGAAGAACGGACAGGUGCCCUACCCCUCUGGCACGCCCACCAAGCACUGCCCCUCGCCCAUUCACGUCCGGAGGCACGAGCCAGAAAAUAAUGACACCAAAUGCCGAGACAGAGUCAAGCUGUCGGUGGCGUCUUUGGGGACACAGGAGGAGUCUUAGAUCGGGAGGCCGCGUAGUCGAGCCAGUGCUAAAACUCAUCCCAGUACCACUAUAAACCAGUGGCACAGAGAGAGAAUAUUUGUACAUAACUAGGUGUACAUAAUCAUUUAUGGAAAUUCUUUUUGUAUAAAAUUACUUUAUAUAGAUAGAAAUAUAUUAAGAGAAUCUAAUUCAUAUUUUAUAAACAGCAUACUGCACCUACAUGACAAACACACACACACACACACACUCCAGUCCUUCCACUCCCUUUUUCACGACCCCUUAGCAUCCACCAUCAUCAUCCACCCCUCUACCUCAACCAUCUAAAAGCCUAUGACCCUUGCUCUGAUUUUUGGCUCCCUUGCUGAUAACCUGUGUGAUGACCCUGACUUGUUUCUGAUACCAGGAAUUAUCCAGAAAACCUAUUAAGCCCCUCCUCCUGCUCCCUGCUCUGUCCGCCUUCCCUCGACCACCCUUCCACCCCCACAGCCCCCCCGAGCAUGCCGAUAGAGAUGGACAUUUGUUGACGGAGGACGGUUUUUUAGAGGUGCGCUGAAAAAGGGGGGGGGGGGGGGGGUGGUUACCAUGGAAACAGACCCCUUCAUGCAGACUUCUACCUUCAUCUCCCUCUGCGCCCCUUCUCCACCUCUGGCAGCCAUCAGUAGAAGUAGAGGAAAAUACCUUUUGUGUUCCCCCGUCUUAGGAACACGCAGACACACACACAUGUGCACAACUAAUCCACACAAAUCCCAAUGGAACAAAAAAACGCAGACUCCCCCUAACCAAGCCGCCCCCUUUCCUUUCAAGGAGUGUUCAUCGUAUGGAAACGAGUAUUUUACAAAAAGACACGACACACACAAAACAUGUACAUGCUUACAUGCACAGGUCCAGUUUGCACAGAAAACUCUGGGAUGUAUUAACAAGAACAUGAACAACAACAAAAAGAAGACACGCAGAAACUGACUGAUUCAGAGGAGGAGAGAAGUGGGAGGGGUUUUGUAGAAAGCCCAAAAGGCCGACGCGGAUGCUUGCUGGAUUGUAUUUGUUUGCUUUUUAAUGUACUUUUUUUGUGAAAAACUGGGUUUAAAAUACUUAUUAGACUUAACACUAUUGCUGCAAAUGGACUGGAAUUGUGAUUUCAGAGAGGAGCUGGGUGUGAGCAGAACGGGGCCGAGGGGGAGAUGAUAUGAUAAUAUGGGGUAGAGGGGGGAGGGACAAGGGUGGGUAUUUGGGUAUUUAAAAUGAAUGAUCUAUUCUGUUGUACAGACUGAUAUCAUUUCUUAUGUAUAAAAAAAUGAAAUGUCUAGUUGUGACGCUAAGUUUAGAUACCAUCGGGUCUGGUUGCUAAACCUGCGCCUGGCACAUUCUGUUAUUUUAAAUUUGUCUGUGUAUUUUUGUUACAUGAUCAUUUAUGUCUUUGUUUGAUUGAGCUAAUUAUGAUCAAAACAUUCCUGUUUGUGUUAUUUGCAGCACUUUGUCUUUGGUUUUCUAUUUAUACCUCUCUCUUAGCCUCACUUACCAGCAGUUAGAAGUAGAGGAACAAAAAAAAAUGAUGACGUGACAAAUGCAACUGUGGAUAUUUUUGUAUUUCUGUCCUUAUUUAUUCACGUUUCUUCAUCUCACUGUUUGAUUUCCUAAUUUAUGAUAACUUGGCUAUUUAUAUGAACAAAGCUGUUAGGUCAGUUGAAUGUUAUUUAUUACCCUCUUGUGUGUUCGUAAAUGGGGCAACAUUUGAAGAAAAAAUAACUUUUUUUUCUUUAGUUUUGGUCGACAUUUAACAGAAUUAUGUGAACAUCGAGUAACAAAUUCUCUUUUCCCUGACCUCUGUAGAGGGAAAGAGAACUUGUGGGAACUCUUGAAGAAAAAAAAAAAACAUUUACCAGUAAUUUAAGAAUGUAGACGUAGCCUCUUUUUGGAGAGGGAAUAUGCUCUUCUAUUGAUAUUUGUCAGUUUCAUAUUAUUGUGCGUGUAGGCCGGGCCUGAGGAGAAGGACUCUACAGAUCCCAAUCUACUUAUUCUCUUUGUAAAUAUACAGACAAACCGUGGGGGUUGAUUGUCUUCUCAACCAAUGCUGGGGAUUCCUGCUCUAUGCUUUUAGUCUGUAGUGAUGUGUGCAUGUCAAACAUGAGCUUUUCUUUGCAUGGCUUUAGUGUUCAUGUUCCAUGCCAAACUCACUCCUUCUCUCAGCCUUCAUCGAUUCUCUCUCCACAAAAUUACCUUUUAAACUUUCUAGAUUUCCUCUCUAUCCCCUACUUCUUACCCUCUCUGCUUUUAUUUCUGGCCUUCUUUUUUAUUGUUCCCUCAAUCCCGCUAAUCUUUUUUCCCUACCUCCUCCUCCAUAUUUUGUGCACAAAGUUUUGAACGAUGCUUCCUUUACUCUGUACCUCUCUCUGGAAGGAUUGGAUGUCUGCUCUCUCUAUCUGGUGGUAGAAGAGACACAGUGAGGGGAUAUCAGUACCCAAACAUAAAGCAAUACCCUAUAGUUCACUUUCCUUUCUGUUUUUUAAAAUGGGAAGCUAGCAGCACCAAGGACAUCUGAUGAUUCUAAGGACCAGAGCGGUCUUUUGACGGAGCAGGAACAAAAGUGACUGAUGUAAUCCCCAUAUAAAAUAACUGUGAGCAUCUACAGUGCUGAAACAAAUAAACUCAUUAAGUUAU